UGAUUGAUUAAUUGAGUGUAAAAUACAUGAUGUACCAUGUAGCUGUAUACACCAGCUCUGCUCAGGCACCCAGUGGAAGCUAUGGGGUUAAUGUAAAAUCCUUCCGCUACUUCCUUAUCGCUGUCAUGCUGCUGCUUCUCUCUCUUUUGAGAAAUGGCUGAAUAAUUUGAUGCGGUUGGAGGAAAAACGAGCACUGCUGUUUGAGAUAAAAUGGGUGAAACAAGACGACGAGCUUUAAAAAUAGUUAUUCAGAUAACUUGCCAACUUCUAUGGGUGGCAGGUCUGGUGGUAGGUCUGAGUGGUAUGUACCUGUUGUUGAACUACAGACACAAUGGCAUCUUCUUCACCCACACAUACAUCAUCCUCCCAGCAUGCCUAGCUCUGGCCAGCGCUACUCUCCUAUUGGCCAGUGGAGGACUGGGCAUCUGGGUGUCCCUCAGAAAGUCAGCCUUGCUGCAGGGUGUGCUCAUGCUUCCUCUACAGUUUGGGAUACAGCUUAUAUGUUGCCAUGGUUUUGGGCAUUUCAGUUUGUCUAUCUGCUGGUUGUGGUUUUCUGCCUGGAGGCAACUGCUGCUGCUCUGGCCUAUGUCAACGCAGGAAAGGUGGACUCAGAGCUGGCUCCCUUCAGCAGUGUUUUUCAAAGAUACACAGGAAGAUGUCAGGACCCAUACUCCGAUGCUGUGGACGCCACACAGAAAGAGUUGCAGUGCUGUGGAAUCUAUGACUACCGUGACUGGUUGGCCACGCCCUGGUUUAACCACAGUGGGCGGGGCAGUGUACCUCACAGCUGCUGUAAUUACACCUACCACACCUGCAACGGUACCCUGGAGCUGCCCGGGCUACUAUAUCCAAAGGGCUGCCAGGUGAAGCUGGAGGAGGCCUUGCUUUUUGUUCUGCAUCUCAUCGUCUGGUCAUCUCUGGCAGUGGCGCUAGUGGAGACUGUAGGGUUUGUGAGUGUGGCUCAGCUGAUGAGGGACCAGCCUCUGUUGGAGUAUGGAAUACUGGACAGGGAGUAUGGAAUACUGGACAGGGAGUGGGCCUGAACCAGAGUCUCAGUCCAGAAUACUUUCUGCCAAUCUACUUUAGAUAUACUAUGUCCUGGACCUUGGUAAAGUUAAUGAUGCUGUGGACCUUAAAGGCCCAGUGCAGUCAAAAAUGUGUUGGUUUUUUUUUGUGUGUUUUUUUUUUUUUCUCCAGUGUUUUAUAUCAUAUUUCCACACUGAGGUUGGAAGAAUACUAUGAAAUUGUGAAAAUGCUGAUAAUGCCCUUUUAGUGUAAGCGCUGUUUGAAGACUGCUCUCUAGUGGUUGGUUCUAGUUGUCUGUGCAGCUCCAGGGCCCCUAGGGUACCAUUACAGGUAAUUGACGUAAUCAUCCCCGAUCUUGUUGGUGAAGCUACUUUAAAAGAGUGAUUAUCUUGCUUUCACUAAACUAAUGUAUACACAUCUGUGAAGGAAGAUGUACUCUAAAAGUGUCCUACACUUCUGCAUACACUUCCUUCGUUUCAAAAGGAUCAACUGGAAUAUGUAAUGGCCACAAUGUUUUUGUUUUUGUUCACUGAUGUAGAUGCAUGCUUGUUAAAGAAACCACUCCAUCAAAAACAAUUGUCAACAUGUCACAUGUCCUGCAGAUGACAUAUGAAUGAUUAAUUUUUACACUGCCCUGCAUGGCUUUUGAGUAAUUAACUUGUUGAAACUAUGUUGUGUGGCUAUUGUUUGAUUGUAGUUUACCCCUAUGUAGCUGGGUGAUUCUGCAAUUUAGGGCACUUUGGCCCUGCAAGCUUUCAGAAAUGAAAAGUUAUUGAAACACCAUUUUUACCAGUAUUAUAAUUCUUUGAUUUGUCUAGAAAAUAUCUGAUAAUGGCUGCUAUCGUCCUAUUCAGGAAUGUAGAUAUUUUUCUCAGACAGCCAUAGACACAUUUUAUUUCCAUCAUGUCAUUAAACAUCAAUUUUUGUUAAAAAUGAAGUAAUUAAUUUAACACAUUUCUUAUACAUUUGUGUAUUGAGUAUUUUAAGAGAUUUAAGGUUUUCCUAAUAUGAAUAAUUCAACACGACGCCUGAAUUUAUAGACUUGCCUUUGUGACAGCUGAAAAAGAUAAUAAAAAUAAGAUGUUU